AUGGACGUGGGGUCGAGGGCGACACUGAUCGACGCGAAAAUAGCGAGUGACCUUGGUAUAGAUGGACCGAUGGAUCUGUUAGGAUUGGAGGGUGUUGGAAAGAUGGAGUUCGCGGACCCGCGAAGUCGUAGAGUUAGCAUCAAGGUGAGCUCACCGGACAAUACGAUAACCCUAAGGUACGACGACACGCCCGGUCAUAUGGACGAUACAGCGGGCAAGAAUAUAGGCCUCGCAAAUACGCAAGCGUUCGUCGGUGAAGACAGGACGGUCGAUCUGAUUGGUCAUUUACACUGCGAUGUGUUUAACCAAGACAAAUUGUUAUUAAACGGCGUCGAGCUCCGUUUACGACUCGUAUGUACGAGAGAUGGUUUCUCUCACAUGGAUCCCAAGAGUGAGUGCUCUUUACAUAUAACGGAGGCUACGCUCCUCGUUAGGCUCGCCAAAAUAAGCCCUGGUAAUCUAAUAGCGCAUUGUAAAAUGCUGCCUAAGACAACGGCCAAGUAUCCGCUUACGCGUGUGGAGGUCAAGGCCCUGACGAUGCACCCUGGCUUGCACGGUGGCACCAUGGAUAACGGGAUUCUCGGCCAAUUACCUAAGCGUAUUAUAAUAGGUUUCGUCGGUAACAAGGCCUUCAACGUACCGCCGAAAGCCCUGCAGACCGAUUUCGGCAAAGCCGGUCUUUACGUGGAAGCGUAUCACACCCUCUUAAGCGGCACGGGCAUGCACUUCCUCAACGAGGGUAAUUCGAUAUCUAGGAGCGCUUACGCAGACGGUUACUGCCUGUUCGUUUUCGAUCUUACACCCAAUCUCUCGGCAAAUAGUAACACCCACUGGAACCUGAUCAAGCACGGUAGUCUACGAAUCGAGGUGCGCUUCGACGAACCGCUGGCCGCCACCGUGAACUGUAUCGUCUACGCUGAGUACGAUAACGUUCUGGAGAUCGACGCUGCGCGGCAAAUCGUCGUAGAUUACGGCGGCUAA